GUAUUGCUCAGUAUACUUUGGAUCGGCGAACAAGAAACAUGUAUCUUCCCGAUAGAACAGAACAUCAGAAAAUAGAAAGGCUUUAUGAACGCAAGGACGGCAACGUAGUACCAGGCAAUGGCUUUAAUUUCAAUAAAAAACAUACGCCGCCAGUGGUGUACAUUUUCAAUCAUGAGAAUUUCUCUGAUCCAAAAUUGAAUCGAAGUGGUAGCUCAAGGGAUGUUGAAGCUCUUCGGAAAACAUUUAAAAGCCUGAAUUGUAGGGUUGAAGUAAUUUCUAACCCAGCGUUGUCGAAUGUUAAACUCAAAGUUCAUGAGUGGUCUAUAAAACAAUUCAACCAGGAGGCUGGAUUUGUCCUCUGUAUCUUGAGCCAUGGCUGGCUAAAAAAUAAAAUUUUCGCGUGCGACGGCAAGGAAUACCACUUGGACGAUGACGUCCUUUAUCCACUCUUCAGAAAUCCAACCUUAACUGGCAAGCCAAAAAUUUUAAUCGUUCAAGCCUGCAAGGGUGGACUGGUACCUGACGCGAAAAAAAUGAACUGCGACCCCUAUAUAAAGUGUUACAGCACCUCCGAGGGGUAUUUGAGCUAUCGCGAUGAAAAAAUGGGUUCGGUCUUCAUACAAACCUUGUGCAAGGAAAUGGAUAAAUAUGGUCUUACAAUGGACUUUCAGUCAAUCUUUAAGAAAGUAAAGGCUGAGGUCAAGAGAAUAUGUCAACAAAACCCUUCUGAGGAGUCGAACAAUUUUGAUGAACCCUUUUGUUUUGGAAAUUAUGUGCAAAACGCUUAAUGAAGGAUA